AUUCAAACGCCCAAGGCGUGAAAGUCAGCUGAGAGCGACCUUGGCAACGUUAUGUGUAUUUGGGUGAGGUAUUUGUGGCGGGACACAUCUGUAGAAAAAUAGUGAGUCAAUUAACACCGCCAACUUUUUCUGCAGUGUGGUCCUUUUGGUCUUUUGGUUUCAUUCUGACUGCGCAUCUGACUAAGAUUGUGACAACUCUUCUGUGCUUUUAUCUAGCCUGAGGAUUAAACUUAACGCACGACCAGUAUAUUUCUCAAGCAGUUACUCAUUGUCUGCUUUUAAAAUCCAUGUGCAAAGCAUUAGAGACCAUUCAAUCUUGCUUGAAUCAUCUCAGCGGUGAAAAAUCAGGACAUUUUAAAUUGUGUCACAGACGUUCAAGAGCACGACCAUAACAAAAAAUACUUUGUUAUAAUAAAUUGUCAGUUUAAACAGUUGAAAAAAGCUACACAUACGAUUUAGCCAGGAGCUCGUGCACCUCCAACAGUAAGUAACAGUUUUGAGGCUGACUGAGUGACUAAGCUAGCUGGUUGUCAUCAGCAUCAACUUAGCACAUUGCCACCGCCUGUUCGGCUGGCAGUCUGAAGAUAACGCUAUUAUUCUGUGUUACUUCACUCCUACGCAUCAUCAAGAUGGCAGACAGUGAUGACGAAUAUGGUCGCUAUCGGAUGGAUAAGUUUCACCCUGAGAGGGGUGACUACGAUCCCGUUCGAGUGAGAGAGGACCUGAGGGGAGACCACGAUCCCGUUCGAGUGAGGGAGGACCUGAGGGGAGACCACGAUCCCGUUCGAGUGAGGGAGGACCUGAGGGGAGACCACGAUCCCGUUCGAUUGAGGGAGGACCUGAGGGGAGACCACGAUCCCUCUCGAGUGAGGGAGGACCUGAGGGAAGACCACAAUCCGUCUCGAGUGAGGGAGGACCGGCGGGGAGACCACGAUCCCUCUCGAGUGAGGGAGGACCUGAGGGGAGACCACAAUCCGUCUCGAGUGAGGGAGGACCGGCGGGGAGACCACCGUAAAGACAGGGUGCGGGAGAGGAGCCGGGAGCAAGACAGGAAGGAGCGCCGAAGGCAUGAGAAGGGUCAACGCCACCGUGAGAAAGGUCACAGACGUCAUGACAGGGGUCACGGACAGCAUGACAGGGGUCACGGACAGCACGAAAGGGGACACAGCCACUAUGAGAAGAGCGAGCAGUUCACACCUUCCGCACAGGACCUGGGCUGCUUCCAGCCUUUGCCUGAACGGGUGAGGAGAGACUGGCAUGACGCUGGUAGGGAGCACUGCUAUGGAGGGGGUGAUUUUAGGUCCAUGGUGGGGGGGAGGGGUGUUAAUUACCCCCCUCCCCACCCCUGGGUCUACCCUGAAGCUCCUCCCAUGCAGCAGAAUCAUGCCACCUUCAUACCACCCAGGUUCGGUGGCGGCGCAGAUGCCACCCCCGGCUGCCCCCCCGCCGCGCUGAAGGGCUUUAAGGAGUUCCUGCUGGGUCUGGACCCUGCAGUGGGAGAGGUGGAGGCGGUCAGGUGCUACAGCGACUACAAGGUCACCUUCAGGAGGCAGCAGAUAGAAGCCUUCUUCCUAGCACACAGAGAGGAGGAGUGGUAUGAU